AUGAAAACGAGUGAUGGAACACUGGAUCAUAAUGACUUGACCCAAUUCAUCGGCCAUCCGCAAUAUGAACUUCUGAAGACUUUGAGCGAGGCCCUUGACUCUUGGAAAUUGAUGAUCGAUGAGCACUCCGAGCAUAUUAACAGGAUCUCUGGAGCUCCUCAACCUGCGAGCGGAAGACAGCUGGAGAGACAUGAUGCGAAAGAGCCAGAACAUGAGACUACUAACAAACAAUUAUUGAAUGAGUUUGACAUAAAGGGGCCCAUCGAGAAACCUGAAGAUCUUGAAAUCAGGAUCCUUGAAGAAACUUCAUCUUGCCCAAUUUGCCAUGAACAUUUUCAAGAGCCCAGAAGGGAUACCGAAGGACAGUGGGAAUGGCAAACGCUCUACAGCUGCCCAGCGUGCAACAUAUGCUUCCACAUCGCAUGGCCGAAGUUGACAAUGGUCGCCGCCGCACUGCGAUUGAAAAACGAGUACUAA